GCUUGUCAGUCCUCCGUGUCUCUUUCAGUUACAGUGUAAGGUGGGUGGUUAGUGAGUCCUCUUCAACGUACCACGCAUUCAAAAUCUCUUAAAAUAAUAUUCAAGAAUUUGAACCAUCAAUCCGGUCGUUGAGUUCAAGAAGCCUUUGCACAGAGCACAACACUUCCCCCUGUUGGCGAUGAGGAUCAUAACACACCUGUGACUACCAGAGGCAUGAUGGGAAAAUGAAACAGCGCAAGACACCCACAACUUAACUGCAUCAAACCAUCACAUUUGUUAAUUGGAUUACACCACAGUCGUACCACUUUCAAUGGCUGUCUGAGCACAACUGGACUCUGACAUUUGGUGUUAUUGUCUUCAGUAGCACAGACUCUCCUCAUCAACUGGCAUUGACCAAUAGCUGAAGGAUGUCGAGUGCAAGUACUUUGCAAUAAAAACAUCCAUAAUUAGGUAUCUGAAGGUAAACCAAACUGAGUUAACCACCUCCUACGACAGCAUGGAGGUGGCAGCUUCCCAUCCUGCCUACGCUGGGGCCUUCCCUACCCCGACUAUAGACUCUGAACCCACUACGUCUUCCUUUCCAACCCUGUUAAGUUUCUUCUGGGACUACCAGAACAACAAUGUCAUUGUGACCCACUACAACUUCACCGGGAAGCUUCAGGCGGACCGCUACCGCGAGGGGUUAAAACCGGAGGCCGUAGUCUUCCUUGUGAUCUGCGUCCUCAUCGUCCUGGAGAACGCGGUGGUUCUGAUCGCCAUCUGGACCAAUAAGAAGUUCCACCUCCCAAUGUACUACCUUCUGGGUAACCUGACUCUGUCCGACCUCCUGGCCGGCGUGACCUACGCGGCUAACAUCGUCAUGUCAGGUCCCAACACGCUCCGACUGACGCCCAUUCUGUGGUUCUUGAGGGAGGGUGGGGUCUUCGUCACGCUCGCCGCCUCUGUCGUCAGCCUACUGGCCAUAGCUAUAGAACGGCACGUCACCAUGGUGACGAUGAGACCAUACCACAGCGCGAAGAAAGGCCGGAUGCUGGCGCUGAUCGGGGGCAGCUGGGCGCUGGCGGGCCUCUUGGGGGUCCUGCCCGUCUUGGGGUGGAACUGUAUGGGUCGCCUGGACUGGUGCUCCACGGUGCUGCCUCUCUAUGCUAAGUCUUACAUCCUGUGCUGCGUGUCCGUGUUCAGCGCCGUCCUCCUGGCCAUCGUGGUCCUCUACGUCCGCGUCUUCCGCAUUGUGCGUGCCAACACUCAGCGCCAGCGCUUCAGCGGAGCGAAGGGAAGCCUCCGGAAAGGCCUUGCCAGGAAGUCUCAGAAAUACAUGGCCCUCCUCAAGACGGUCACCAUCGUUCUGGGCGUGUUCAUCGCCUGCUGGUUGCCACUCUUCUUCCUCCUCGGGCUGGAUUCCUUCUGCCCAGCCCGGCGCUGCCACCUCCUCCUCAAGGCAGACUACUUCCUGGGCGUUGCCAUGGUGAACUCACUCCUGAACCCCAUAAUAUACACACUGACCAGCAAGGACAUGAGGAGGGCCAUUCUGAGGCUCCUCUGCCGGCCGUGCCUCAUGACGAAGGACGGUCAGGUGAAGAGAAUGGGGAUGCCUUUCCUGGAGUGCAGCUUCAGUAAGACAGAAAUGCCCUCGCAGAAGCUGGAAGGCCAGGAGACCACUAUAUCUUCUGGGAAUGUCAUCACCACCCCGUCCCCCAUCAAAGCCCUCUACCCCAAGCUGUUCAAGGUCUGAAGAGCAUCCACUGGACAGCUCUGUGGUGGAGAAAUGACUCCCUUUAGAAGAUGGACAACGGAAGUACUUCAUAUGGCCUCCUGAAAAUUGUUGAGUAGGGACGGUAACCCGUACAAUCUGUCCCUUCGAGUAAUUUUAUUUCUAUGGAGUCAGCUUCCAGUCAAAGUGAUGGACGGCACUAAUGAUCAAGGCCAUCGAAAAACUGCAUCACUUCCUGUUUGGCUACUCCGCUACCAUCGCUUUCUGCCAAUGUGCCUACAUGGUCCGUAGUACUUUACGUUUGCUUGUGGACGACAGAUGUCUGGAAGAAAACCCUCAAGAAGACACCCCCCCCCCCGCGUGAUCUAUGACCUAUGACGGCGCCAGAUGCUGCAACAGCCGGUGAGGAGAGCAUUGCAUUUAGACAGAAAUAGCAUCACGCCAAAACCACGGAUGUUACAACAGUGAUAACAAAACUGAAAACGUGUGGAAGGGACCAAUUGUGAAUGAUGCGCCUGUUUUUGCAGGUUAUUGCACAGUAACCACUUAACCACUUUCCUAAACUGACGUUGCAGUAAACAGUCUCUUAGGUUUUGACAGCAUCAGAAGCCAAGGAACGAGAGUCACAGUUAUUGUUUGCUAAAUGUUUGGACAGUUGACCUCCCAGAGUUGCCUACCGAGAUUACCUUCAAGUGGCCACGGCUGUGGAGAUAAUACACAAUACGCUUGUUUGUUUGUUUGUUUGUUUGUUCCAGGCCUUUGCUGGCUCAAAGGUCAUUGUUGUACCAGGCUGGGUGCCACCCUAACUCCAAUAGGAAACGCGGUGUCAUUUAGAACACAGCCGUCAGGCUCCAGUGGAGGCACCGCUCACAGCGGCACGAUAUGCCCACACAGGUGGACCCAUAUAGGGGGGAAUCUACGCCUGACCCAGAUACUACAUUGUCAUUUGAGGAAGAGAUGCCUAUUGUGGCAAUGUGUCAUGCUUUAGGAGUGGAAGGUGAGAAGCCCCAUUUGUAGGUCAACCCGCCCCCAAUGUAAUCUAGCAUUUCAAAAAUAAAAUGUUUUCUGUACAGUUGAAUUGGAUGGUGCCAUGGUACCUUUGUCCUGUAAAUAUAUUGUAUUGAGCAAUGUUUUUUUAUUUUAUUUCUCAAUGGAUUUUAUAUGGUUCAUUUGUACUUUGUACCGUCAAAUAUAUGCUUUUGUACCAAAGAUUGUCUCUACCCUUAUUAAAACAAUACCUGUUUUCUGGUAAA